AAUCGACAAACGUGACUCAGGUGCAUGACGCAGUUGUGACGUCGACGACCAGCUGACCAAACAGGAAGUAGUUUAAACGCUACACGAUGGUUUGAGAAUUGCAGCGUAGUUGUUGUUUACGUGAUGUUUUCUUUUGGAGUUAUGGAGUCAGUGGGAAUUAGAUGGGAAUGGACAUGUCACAGGAUUAAAAGCAAAGAUUUAUAAAACUGAAAUAUAAAAAGAGUGUGCGGAACUAAUGACUUAACUGCAAGCCAGUGGCUUGUGCAUGUGCGGGUUUGGGCUGCAGCAUCAUCAGCUCUGAAUCCCUGAUGGCAUAAACAUUUCCAUAUAUAGGCUUUGGAUGUGGUUCGAGCAGCAGAUCCUUGAGUGGAAUGUAAACAGCAACAUACUCCCACGGACACUACCACGUGGACACACCAAAACAACAACAACAGAAACCUCGAUCCAGCGCAACCAUGUCGUCGUCUGAGCAGCUUAUCGAGAUUGUCAUGGACAACAGAUCGUAUAAUGUGAGCAAGAGCAAGCUGAUCGAGAAGAGCGACUACUUCCGGGCGCUGUAUAGCUCUGGCAUGCGGGAGGCUGGAGAGGAUUCAGUGCAGCUGCAGGGACUGAGUGCACCAGGCCUGGAGCUCGUCCUGGAGUUCAUUAACACCUCCAAAGUCCAGGUGGUCAACGAAACCCUGGAGGAUCUCAUCGAGACAGCGUCUUUCCUGCAAGUGACGCCCAUCCUAAAGCUUCUUCUGUCUGAAAUCCGCCUAGACAAUUGCGUCGAGGUCUUCAACCUCUCAGAGGUGUACGGCACACACGAGCUGCGCACGGCAUGCCUCAAGUUCAUGAGCUGCCACUACCACCCCAUGCUGCGCAGACCCGAGUUCCACACUCUGCCUGCUGAGCUGCGGGAGCAGAUCAGGGAGAUGCGGAUGAGGGGCACGGCCACGCUGGUGGCAGUCGGAGACUUCGUGGGCACCUGCCUGGACCUCGCUGAUCAGGAUGAGCCGUGGUCCAUGCUGCGCUACGGGGAGCGAGAGCAGCGCUGGAAGCCGCUCGCCAACAACCUCCCUCCAGACAUGGUUAACGUCAGAGGGUACGGGUCAGCUGUGCUUGACAACUACCUCUUCAUCGUCGGUGGCUACAGGAUGGCAAGUCAAGAGAUUGGCGCAGCACAUUGUUACAAUCCGUGCAGGAACGAAUGGACUCAUAUAGCUCCUUUAAACCAGAAAAGGGCUAACUUCAAGCUGGUGGCAGUGAGUGGGAAGCUGUAUGCGGUGGGAGGACAUGGUUUAAGUACGGUGGAGUGCUAUGGUCCUGAGCAGGACUGGUGGACCUGCGUUUCCUCCAUGCCUGAUCCUCUGACUGAGUUCUCUGCAUGCGAAUGCCAGGGCAUGAUCUACGUCAUGGGUGGCUACACAGCCAGAGACAGGAACACAAACGUGUUGCGCUACUGCCCCGCGUCAGACACGUGGUCUGUGUUGCACACUUGCCCGGCACACGUGCGGAAGCAGCAGAUGCUGUCUGUGGAGGACAUCAUCUACCUGGUGGGUGGCUACACGCGUGACCUGGAGAGAGUCGAGCAUGUGAGGGCCAACGCUGCCGAGGACGCGUUGACGGUGCAGUCGUAUAAUGUGCGCACAGGUGAGUGGCUGCAGCUGCGAGCGAGUGUAUCCAAGUCAGGCCUGAACCUGACAUGUGCUCUGCACAAUGACGGCAUCUACAUCAUGAGCCGUGACGUGGGCCCACGCACCAACCUCGAGCACCGCGUCUUCCUCAAGUACAACGUGUUCAGCGAUGCCUGGGAGGCCUUCCGUCGCUUCCCGGCACUUGGCCAUAACGUGCUGCUCUGUUCCCUGUACCUGCCCAACAUCCUCUAGACCAGAAGGCUUGAAGAAGAUGUUUAAAAAAACUGGUCAAUCCUACAGCUAGGUCACAUGGUACUGGAGAUAAUUGGAGGGUCAUGUUCAGGUUCAUGUUCAAGGAACCGAGACCCUGAUCCACACUACAGAAGGUGGACUAAUUCAUAAUUGCCCUAUAAUUGACUCAGUGGUUGUAACUCACUGGUUUACGAUCAGUAGCAGUUUAACAGUCUCUCAUGCAGAUGAAUUGAGGAACGUUGCUUUACCAUGUUGCUUUACAAACACUGACUAUGGGCACAAUUUUAUUGCCGUAGCAGAUUUCUCAAUCUUGCACAAAACCUACUAAUGCCAAUGCAUGCACUUACUUCCUGUAUCCUUCCAAUCCAGAAUAUAGUAGUGUGCUGCUGAUACACAAGUGAUGCUUGGCUGUGAAGGGCCGUGGUUUUACAUGGCCAUAAUUGUGAUGAAACACUAAGAGUGAUCGCAGUGUUAGUAGUCAUACCUUUACAUAACUUGUUCAGAAAAUUACCACUUAGGCCUUAAAUUUGGGCAUCUGACAAAAAAGCUUGACCAAAACACCUGUGAUUCUUUUUUUUUUAAAUAAGAAGAUGUGGAGGGCUUGUGAAAAGAGAGCAAUGAAAUGUUCUGAACAUUUGGAGACAGUCUAAACCCACUUUUAUAUUUAUAUAUAUGUUUAGUGAAUUUCAAAUGUUAUAUAUAUAUAUAUAUAUAUAUAUAUAUAU